GGAUUAUUUAAAGUAAGGUUAUAGUAUAUUAAAGACUAAUGUAUAUCUUUUUAUUUGACUUAAAGCAAACAUAUACCCACACUGUUUCUUUAGUAUUUAGCCAAAGUGCAGCACACUCCCAAUGUUCAGUUUGCAUGACUCAUGUCCAGAUCCUCUUUAUCAGUCAAGUACUUCCACAGUACUAACUAAGUCCUAUCAAGGUCUUUCUUGACCUGCUCAAUAUCUAAAUUGAUCUGACUUUCCAACACAAAACAUAUGAGGAGCAGUAUGCAAUACAUCGUUAAAGAAUAAGCUACCAAACAGCCUAUAUAAUACCAUUUUAAUAUCAUUCAAAUGAGCUCAACCUCAACUAACCAACAAUGAAAUGCUACACAUUAACACAUCAGUAAUAAUAAUCCAUUUUAAUGGAGUAUUUUAACAGAAUAGUGUUGCUACUUUUCCUUAACUAAAUGAUCUGAAUAUUUCUUCCACCAUGGCAAGAUUUAUUACCAAAGCUUUUUGUUAUGGUUUAGUGUUCUUGAAUAUAUCUUAUAAAGUGGAGUCAAUGUUAAAAGAGUACCGGAAAUAGUUCAAUGUGUGCUCCAAAACAGCAACAAGUAGGCAAAUUCACAUACAUACACUUUCCCUGGUUGCUGAAACAAGCUGCACAACACAGGAUGAGGAAGUGAAGCAACAGUGACCUCACCCCUUUAUUGCCUUGCAAAUAUCUCUCUGCUGAAAGCCCUUUAGCCAGACACACAGCUCCACACCAUCCUGCCGCUCUGACAACUCAUGGUAAGUAAACGCAUAAAACCAGGAUUAUAUGUUUAGAAAAAUGUGCGGUUUAACUGUCAAAAGUUGUUCCUUGAGUAGCAGAGUUCAUGAGAAGCGGGAAAUGAAGGUGCUGCAUGUUCAGGAUGUGAUCAUGAGUUGUGCAUGGCGACUGGCUCCUGUUGAACCAAUGAGACUCUGAUUGAGGCGACAGGUAGUUAAUGAGUGACAGGGGAGAGGUGCAACCUUCAGCAGACAUUUGUUCAGCUCUAACUGUGUGACUCAUUCUGUCACAAGAGGAACAUAUCUGCGUUUGUUUAUUAUACUGCCAGGACUGGAUAACAGGACUUUGUGGAGGAUUUACUUUGUGUGUAGUUGUUAGUUGGGACUCAAACCGAGGGCUGCUAUGGCUGACACACGCUCUCAGCCACCGGCCUCUGGCUCGGCUGCUAAGAUGGACCAGGUUCGGAGUCAGGUGAACGAGGUUAAAGUUAUUCUGACAGAUAACAUCAGCAAAGUGCUGGAGAGAGGGGACAGAUUAGAUGAUCUGAUCGGCAAGACUGAUGACCUGCAGGCGUCUGCUGACACGUUCCAAAGAACAUCCACGCGGGUUGCCCGGAAAUACUGGUGGAAAAACAUUAAAAUGAUGGUUAUAAUCGGGGUGAUUGUGCUGAUCAUCGUUGUCCUCAUCAUCCUCUUUGCCACAAAUGUUAUAUAAAUCACCAAAUAUUGUCCUUCACCAGCUCAGGACUGAAAGCAAUGAAAAUUGAGGAUGAAGCUCACCUCUUUUGAGCAUUUCAGCAUUUAAAUGCACUCUUGAAAGUCUAUUUUCAUUUCAGCAGAUAUUUCAAGAAAUAUGUAUGUACAUUUUAAGGGUACAUGUUUUUGUAGCAUCUGCAGGCUUUUUGAUUAAGACUCUCCGUAAAAUAAGAAGUUGAAAUUCAGAAUGCACAGCUUAAGUUGCUAGAAGCUUGACUGAAAUACUUCCUUGAACACUCCAACAUUCAUUCAAAUGUGACUUAAUGUUAAUAUUUCACAAAGGAUCACAAAUCCAAAUGAGUGUAAUUAUUUUAUUGUUAUCGCAUAUCUUUAUGUCCAAUUACCUGUAUAUACAAUGUGUGUUUAUGACUGUCACUCUAUAAUAACAUAUGUAUUAUAUGACUGAUGAUUAUGAUGAAGAGGAGACAUUUGAACAUUUGCUACCACAAUACUGUAUAUAAAUAAUGUGUUCUGCUCCAAACAAUCAAGCAUUUUGAUUAUGUAAUAAAUCACUGAGGCAAAUUCACAAA